AUGGCCCUCCGCCUGGUUUCGAAGAAGUUCAGAAUGUGGAGCAGCGACCAGCUCCUCCUGAAGUACCCCCGGAACCUUUGUUCGGGGCCAAGUCUUUCGGUGCAGCUAGCCGUGAAAGUCGUGUGGGUGAAUGUGACCAGACUCAACAUGAUCGCAACGAUGGCGGUCGCGAGACCACUCGGCGAGAGUGGACAAGCUCCGACAGGAGCUUAUGGGACGAUUGGCGCUCCUCGAGCUGGGGAAAUGCUUGGGAUGGCGCUAAGCAAGACGACUUCGCCGCCGGCUGGGGCCGACGAUCUAGCUGGGAAUCGACUAGGGCAGGUUCUGACCCAUGGACUAACGGCAAAGGAGACCGUCAUCCCCAAGACGACCGUCGAGACCGACGCGCCGGUCCCCGGGCAGAUGGUCGAGAUUGCCGCGGAGCUGACUACGAUCACGCAGACCGACGUCAUCAAUGGAAGGACAGCGGUAGCGACCUUAGCGGGCGACGUUGCGGAUGGAGCGAUGACCAUGCGAGCCACUCAUCUUGUGGAGGUGAUGAUCAUGGAGUGGCUUGGAAUGGAUGGAGCCAUUUCGGCAACGGGAACGGCUUCGGCGGAACAGCCGGAGAAGCUAACUUCGGGAGCCGUAGUGGUCAAGGCCCUUGUCUUGUACCAGAACCUCGGCGGGAAGGCUUGGGUGGCUGCAGAGGAGCUUUCGGUUGCAAAGCUGGGAUCUCCUACCGGG